AUGGCAAAACAGCAGCAGAAGCUGAAAGCAUGCUACUUUAUGAAACAGGCUUUCCUCAGCCACUUCUACUUUUUCACUGGCCUGAAGGGAGAUGGACCUCACCUUAUUCUGGAAGUGGUAACAGAGUGGAAUGCUGUAGACCUGGUGGUCAACAGGGAGAUUGUAUUUCAUUGCAAUAUCUGUGACCUGGAUUUUGGAGGUGAUGGCAAGUUAGAUCCACUUUGUGAAGAAGCCAGAAGGGUGCUGUUAAAUGCUUAA